AUGGUGUUGGGCGAGAAAAGUGAUGGUCGAAUAGACAGGGAAAAGACUUGUCCUCUUUUAUUAAGGCUAUUCUGUGGCCAUUGUGGUCAUCACAAACCAUUCGAAUAUUCCCGCAAGUCGUUUCCCAUCAAUGAGCUGCAGGCUUACACAUGGCUAGAUGCGACGUUGCUAGAAUUAUCAGCCCUAAUUAAGCAAGUAAAUGCUGAAGCACGUAAACGUGGAACUACCUUUGAAUUUGCGGUUGUUUCUCCAGAUCCACGGUCUCCUGGUUACAGAAUGCGGGAUAUUGGUACUGUUUGUUCGGGAGUCCCUUCUGACGCCGAUAAAAUUAUGCUUAAGGAUUGUUCCUUCCGGAUUGGUGACAUGAUCGACGUCGCAAUAACGCCACCAGCCACCGAGAGGAUGCUAGCUAAGCGUCGAGUUGUCCAUCGCGGUCCCUACGAAGAUGCCCUACCAGACCAGGCAACUACGAUGACUGCCACAUUGUCUCAGAUGAACGCGCCUUCUCAGGCCGAUUACCCUGGACGAAGAGGCAUCCGAGAGUACCCCAGGCAUCCGAUCGGUGGCGGUUCUCGACGCCCUUUGCUGUAA